AUGGGGACCACUUCAGGACAAACGUUCUUACCGGAGGACGGACUACCGUAUGGUAUGCCAAGCGGAGCAAGCCCCGCGCUGCACCCUAGCACUCCCUUCGUUAAUCCUCCGGUGCAUCAAACUACGGUCGAAGCGGAGCUUCUGGCUCAAAUGAUUUCCCUUCGGAAGGAAAUGGCCAAGCUCCAAGAACAUAACAACCUCCUCUCGUCCAAGGUAGACGAAACUCAGCGGCUGCUUAAUCAGCAGGAAACACAGAAUAUUCAGUCUAUAGAACCUUCCCAGAGUCUGCAGACCCCCGGUCGGUAG